AUGCGUCCCUGUGAUGCUGUGCACCCUCUGCUACCUGUGGCCGCGGUGGUCGACACACAAACAGGAUCCGCUAAAACCUCUCUGCGGGACGUUGAAAAGCGCGAAUGUUAUCAGACCGUGGAAGCUAGUAUAUCAUUGAAGAAAACCUACAUGAUAAACACGUCGAUAGCGCAUCGGACGGCCGGUCACCUGAAUCCGGCCAAAGGGGAACCACAUGCAUAUACGAUUCCUGCUGCUAGAUUUACCAGUGCGCCUGGUAAACACCAAGACUUUCAGGGAGUCAACUUUGUCCCGAAUCCCACGUACGCCAGUCUCAUUUAG